UGAUGUGAAAUCUGAAGCUAAAACUCCAAGUGGAGAGCAUUUGCUGUCUAUGGACAAGGAGGGUGAAAAAUUUAUCCUGAAAGUGUGGACAUUCGAGCAGAUUGGCAGUGUCCUUAAAGUUGCAGGAGACAAGAAAUGCCAAGAGGCUCAGGCUUGCCUUGAAGAAAACCAAGAUCCCAUGGUAAAUGUGAUGGGUGCUGCCUAUGCAGCUGUCAGCAGCAGUGACAGACCCUUACUGAAGGCCCUUGCUGAUCUUAGCAAAGCACGAGAGCAAUCUUCAGAAAAUGUGGAAGAGCAGGAGGCAAGGUUCACUUUAUCACUUCUCAUCAGUGAAAUGGAUAAACAGCUUCUGGAAGCAUCUCACAAAACCAUCGCCAAAGAAGUGAGACUAAACCCAAGUGCUGUGCAGGCUGAAUAUGAGCUACUAAAAUCCUUUGCUGGAGAGAAAGGACAGUGCCUGGAGUAUAUUGAAUGGACUCUUGAUCACCAGUUCAGUAAUGGAUGCCAUGCCCCACCCUGGCAGCAAGUUCAUGGUGAUAUCAGCUACCUUGACAUCAAGCCGUUUGACUCUGACAAAUUGACUGUCACUGCUAACACAGCUGGUUACUUUGUAAACAAAGGCCUGACCCAAGAGGGGCAGGUGAACUUUGAAAGAGUAGGAGAUGUGUAUCCCACACUUGUGGCACUCCUGAAGGCAAAGAGUCCCCAGUUUUCAUCCGCUAUUGAGAAGAAGGAGUUUGCGUAUUAUGGUUCUUCUGAAGAAAAACAGGACAAACCUGAGCGCAUUGAUGAACCUGCGAAGGACGAAGAAACAAAUGGAUCAGCUGGUGAAGAAGCUGUUGAUGUAGAGGCUAAAAAUCAAAUAAAUGCUUCAACAAAGACGAAAACCACUAAAACAUCUCAGAAAAAGAAAGGCAACAAAGGAGCCAAAACAUACGAGUCUUCUCCGCGCUGGAAAAACAUUAACAUUGAAUUUGGAGCUGAUCUUGUCGGAGAUGAUCCCAAAAAGGAUCAACAAAAGGGGAGAAGCACUCCAGAGAAGAAGCCGUCGUCCAGACACACUAAGAGCAGAGAUGCGGGCAAGAACACGCGAGUAUCGAUGCGUUCACAAAUGAAAGCUGAUAUGGAGGAGGACUUCAGUGAGAGCUCAUCUGAAAGUGAGGAGGAAGAGGAGAGCCAAGACAGAAGACAGGUUUACAGACUAUGGUAAAACUACUUCAGGGCUUCAACGACGAGCUGAAGUGUUUAGCUGCUGAGACUAUUGCGCAUGUGGCGAAAUUCAGGAGAGCGAGGCGCACUGUCAGGCAAUAUGGCGGCAUACGAAAAUUGGUGUCACUGCUAGAUUGUGGAACCCUUGUGAAUGCAUCAGAUCUGGAAGCUGACGUUGCGCGAUGUGGAGCGCUCGCUCUGUGGAGCUGCAGUAAGAGUACCAAAAACAAGCAAGCCAUUCGAAAAGCAGGGGGAAUUCCUCUACUGGCCAGAUUGCUCAAGUCUAGCAACGAAGCCAUGCUCAUUCCUGUGGUGGGAACUCUGCAGGAAUGUGCUUCUGAGGCUAGCUAUAGACUUGCCAUUCGCACUGAAGGAAUGAUCGAAGACCUUGUCAGAAACUUGAAAAGUGAAAACCAAGAGCUACAGAUGCAUUGCGCCAGCGCCAUCUUCAAGUGUGCCGAGGAUGACGAGACGCGUGAGCUUGUUCGAAAGUAUGGAGGCCUCGAUCCUCUGGUAUCGUUGUCGUUCAAUGUCGAGAAUAAAGAAUUAUUGGCGGCUGCCACUGGAGCCAUUUGGAAAUGUUCUAUCAGCCGAGAGAAUGUAACAAGAUUUCAAGAACUUAAAGCCAUCGAGCAGUUGGUGUCAUUGUUAACUGAACAACCCGAGGAGGUAUUAAUCAACGUCGUGGGAGCCUUGGGCGAGUGUGCCAAAGUCCCCGCAAACAGAACAACCAUCCGGAAAGCCGGUGGAAUACCUUCUCUGGUAAAUCUGCUGACCAGUACAAAUCAGGCUUUACUGGUCAAUGUUACCAAUGCUGUGGGAGCCUGUGCAACCGAGCCUGAUAACAUGGCGACGCUGGAGAAAUGGUGCGAUCGUUUGUUGGGGGACUGGAACUGAUUGUUAGCUUGCUGAAGUCCAACGACAGAGAGGUUUUAGCGAGUGUUUGCGCAGCCAUUGCUAACAUAGCAAAAGAUGAAGAAAACCUUGCGGUCAUCACAGAUCAUGGUGUGGUACCCAUGCUUGCAAAACUGGCGACGACGACUGAUGACCGUUUACGUCAGUACCUAGCGGAAUCGAUAGCUAGAUGCUGUACUUGGGGAAACAAUCGAGUCGCUUUUGGCCAAGCGGGAGCUGUGCCUCCAUUAGUAUACUACCUCAAGUCAAAGAAUCCGGAUGUACACAGGGCUACCGCGCGUGCGCUUCAUCAGCUGUCUCGUGACCCCGAUAAUUGCAUCUCUAUGCAUAACAGCGGUGUCGUUAAGUAUCUUCUUGAAAUGGUUGGAUCGUCCGACGAAGUUCUCCAAGAGGCUGCUGCUGGUUGCCUUGGCAACAUCAGGAGACUUGCAUUAGCCAAUGAGAAGGCUCGAUACAACUGAUCCAGGCGGCCUUGUUGUUAACAUCAUCUAGAUGAUGGAUGAAUGAUUAUUUUCUUACCUUAAAAAAAAAACUCGAAGCUAUAAUGUUAUAAAUGUCUUUCAGUCAUAAUAUCCUCGUAAAACCAUCUCGAAUGCGAUUCUUAUGUUAAUCUGUAAUAUAGAAAUAGUACUGUGUUCAAAUUACCUGUGAAGAGUUGCUGUAUUUUCAGGUUAGGUGAGAGGGAAUUGAUUUUGUUUUAUUUUCUUUAAGGCAAAACUUGAAUAAAAUAUUUAUUUCUU